CCCAGGCCCUGAGCUCCGCCCCAGGACCAUGAGCUCGUACAGAGACCGAACACAUUGCGCCCCUGAGCUGCUGGAGGUGGAGGGGGGGCCUCCCAGCUUCUGCUCCCUGCCUCCUUCCUCCCAGAUCCCCCUGCCGGACUUCCAGAUGUCCAACGGGCACUCCUCGUCCGAACCAUCGGCCCCCCCUCGGGUGUGCGUGCCCAAGAUGGGCGUACGGGCACGCAUUGCCGAGUGGCCCCCCCGGCGGGAGCGCUCGCAGGAGUCCCUGCUGGAGAACGGGCACGGCGGGCAGUCAGGGGCCCCACUGGGGCGUGGCACCAUACCGCGCAUCACGCGCCUGCAGUCUAAGGACGUGGAGUUCCGGGACGGGAUUCGGGGCGGCUCUCCCAGGCUCUUUCGGCCGGCAGCGCCACUGCAGCAGCGUUCGAGCAGUGAGGUGACCCUGAGCGAACAGGACGAUGCGGAGGCGGAGGUACGGACUGGUAUCUUCCGCGAGUACGGCAGCACCUCCUCCAUCGACGUGCAGGGUGUCCCAGAGCAGAGCUUCUUCGACAUGCUCAGCCAGUUCCACCAGGAACGGCCCGACCAGCGCAGCACUGCCCCCGCGCAUCUUGGGGAGCUCCUCCGGGUUGAAAACUCUGCCCCCAAUCCUGCCCCCAGCCCCGCCCCCCAGGCUGUGAGCCCCGCCCCCCGCCUGGAUGAAGGCUCCCUCCGGGUUAGGAAGAAGAGCGGCGGCACCGAAUCAUCGCUGGGCACGUCGUCGCUCUUCCGCAAGCUGCGCAGCUCCAGCCGUAGCGAGGUGGAAACGGUGCGGGGUGAGCUGGACGAAGGGCGCCCCCCAGAGGCCAGGAGGACCUGGCAGUGCCCAAAGAGUUUUGCCCACUACGACGUGCAGAGCAUGUUGUUCGACCUGCACGAGGCCUCCAGCCAGCGUGCCCACGUGGCACAGCGCCGCAACACCGGGGCGUCAGCUGCCUCUACUGUUUCCCCCCCCGCCGUGGAGCCCGGCUUCUCCAGCACAGAUGACCUGAGCUGCCCAGAGUUGGCUCCCCCUCUUGGCUCGGAGGCUUGCGACGACACUCUGGCACCACUGCUGCUCAGCUGCCCUCACUUCUGCAACGAGACGGGCGGCUGCUCCGAGCGCAAUGUCAGCUUCCUGAGCUCGUGGGCGGGGGUGGGGCCGGCGGGGGCGGGGCCAGCGGUGAGCACACGUUGCGCCAACGCCAGCGUCUCCGUGCUGGAGGUAGCCCCCGAUCAGCAGCUGGCCACCCGCCUCGAACGUUUCAAGCACUACAGCAUCGAGCACGUGGACCUGGGCGCGCGCUACUACCGGGACUACUUCCAUGGCCGCGAGCACUCAACCUACUUUGGGACGGACGACAAGUUGGGUGCGGUGGCCGUCAGCAUUCGUAGGGAGAAGCUGGAGGACACCAAGGACUUGAAGGACCAGUACCAGUACCGGCUCAUCUUACGGACCAACGAGAUGGUGACACUGCGCGGGUCAAUCCUGGAGGAUUCGGUGGCGUCGACGGCGCGGCAUGGCACAGCGCGGGGGUUACCGCUGAAGGAGGUGCUGGAGUGCGCCACCCCCGAACUGAGCGUGUCCUGCCUGCGGCUAGCGCUCAACACCCCCAAGGUCAGCGAGCAGCUCCUGAAGCUGGACGAGCAAGGGCUGCCCACAGCCGUGCUUAUGCUCACGGAUUCGACAGGAACGCACUCGCUGUACACCACCUACCUGGACUACGAGGUCAUGUUCCAUGUCUCCACCAUGCUGCCCUACAUGCCCAACAACCCGCAGCAGCUCCUGAGGAAGAGGCACAUCGGCAACGACAUCGUCACCAUCAUCUUCCAGGAGCCUGGCGCGCUGCCCUUCACGCCACAGAACAUCCGCUCGCAGUUCCAACACGUCUUCGUCAUCGUCCGUGUGCACAACCCCUGCACCGAUGACGUUUCCUACAGCGUGGCUGUGACGCGCAUGAAGGACGUGCCCAUGUUUGGGCCACCCAUCCCCAACGGCGUGACCUUCCGCAACCCGGAAGUGUUCCGGGACUUCCUGCUGGCCAAGGUGAUCAACGCGGAGACCGCCGCCCACAAGUCGGAGAAGUUCCACACCAUGGCCCGGCGCACGCGGCAGGAGUACCUGCGCGACCUGGUCGAGAACUGCGCCAGCGGCACCUUCCUGGACUCGGCAGGAAAGCUCAACAACCUCAUAUCGCUGGCCUCCAAGAAACGGGAGCGGGCACGGGCCCGUGAGGGGGCCGAGCUGGGAGCACUGGGGGCCGUGACCUGGCGCGUCACGGCCCAAGACUUCAGCGGGGGCGGGGCGGAACUGGCCUGCGUGCUGGGCGUGUCCGGCGAGUACGUCGUGCUGGUGGACUGUGGCACCAAGGGGGUGGUCUUCAACUGCUAUUGCGCCGAUGUCAUCGGUUGGACUCCUGAACGCCUGGCCCUGAAGAUUUACUACGGCCGGGGUGACCACAUUGCCGUCAGGGUGCCCGAGGGCUGGGCCCAGGACAUACGCGAGAUCGUCCAACGGCUGAAGGCCCUGACGGUGGGCUGUGAGACGGUGGACAUGACCCUGCGGCGGAACGGCCUGGGCCAGCUGGGCUUCCACGUGCGGCUGGAUGGUACCGUGGCCGAGGUGGAGGAGUACGGCUUUGCCUGGCAGGCCGGCCUGCGGCAGGGGAGCCGCCUGGUGGAGAUCUGCAAGGUGGCCGCCGUCACGCUGUCCCACGAGCAGAUGAUCGACCUGCUGCGCACCUCCGUCACCGUCAAGGUGGUCAUCAUCCCGCCCUACGACGAGGGGGGGCCGCGCAGUGGCGUUGCUGGGGGGCACUCUGCGAGCUCCAUCUGCAGCGCCGGCCCCCGUCUUUGGCUGCGGCGUUGGGUCAGGCCGCCGUUCCUGUCCCCCGUGGUGUCUGUGCUUCCGCACUCUGCGCUUUCGAUCCUCUGCAGUCUAAACCUCUGGAAAAGGCCAGUGAGCUUCCCUGAAAAUCAUUACAACAUCCCUCUGACAGGAGGCGACAGAGUGCUUCCGUACCGCAACCCCUCGGCAAGCUUCUCUGCUCCGAGUUCAACGCUGGCCACAGCUGGGCUCGGGGGGCCGGGUCUGGGCGGGCCUUUUGUGCGCUACAAACCUUCACCCGACAGGUACGGCAUGUCGCAGCGCCCCCUACUCGGCUACGAGCCGCACAUGAACCUGGACAUGGCAUCGAGUGGGGAGUCGUCGUCCGGAUUCACCAGUCAGGGCAGCACCAUGGAGCGGGUCAAACCUGAACCCCUGUGGCACAUGCCGGUGUCCUCACGGGUGCCCCCUGUGGGCGGGGGAGGCACACAGAAGCGAUCAAGCCGGCAGGAUCCCCCCGGGAAGGACUCUCCCAACCGGCACUCAAAGGGGGAGGCCCAGUACUCCAGCCACUCCAGCAGCAACACGCUCUCCAGCAACGCCUCCAGCAGCCACAGUGAGGAGCGCUGGUUCGACGGCGGCAUGGGCGGCUCAGGGGGGCUGGGCGACCCGGCGGAGCCAGACCUGGACCCCCUAGCCAAGGGCGGCUCCAGCGACAGCGGCAUCGACGCCUCCACCCUUUACACGCCGAGCCCCGGCACCAAGCCGGUUAAGCCGCCGCGUAGCCACCUCAGCUCCCAGAAGCCCCUGCACGGCUCGGCCACCUACAGCGGCCUCCAGGAGCUCGCCAGCCGUUCUGGGGACGGUCGGAGGAGGGAGUCGUCCCCGGCCCUGCCUGCCUCGUCCAGCCAGAGCAAGAAUUACCGCACUCGCACAUUCCCACCACCGGGGGCCUCGGCGGACUCCUUUAAGCCCAGCCGGACCUGCUACACCCCACAAGGGUACAAGACCCCACCGGCAGAGAAAUCGCGGCCUGUUAGGGCCACCACCAUUACACCGACCUUAGGGACGUCGCAGCAGUUGUCCAGCUCGGUGCCCAAGACCUCCUACAGCAAGAGCAAACACAACGCCUGGCAGCACCACCAGGACUCCGUCGCUGCCGGCACCUGCACUGGCAGCAGCUCGGACAGCUGCAGCAGCAAGAAGCAGGUGGACGUGAAUUCGAAGAACGUGUUCGGCCAGCCGCGCCUCCGCGCCUCCCUGAGGGACCUCCGCUCUCCCCGGCGCUCCCACAAGAGCACCAUCGAAGACGACCUGAAGAAGCUCAUCAUCAUGGACCAGCCCAGCGAGGCGCCUCACAGAGAUGUGUCCCCGCGGCGGAGCCUCCAGCGCACCUUCUCGGACGAGAGCCUCUGCAGCGGCCGGCGGGACUCCAGCUUCGCCAGCACGACGCUGUUCGACACCCCGACCACGCAGAGUGACCUGCUGUUCACCUGCACCCUGCCCACGCGCCGGCACAUCCACAGCUCCGCCCACAGCUCACUUGUGCCCAGUAAGAAGGUACCGCUGUCUGCCUCUGAGCUGUCACUGACGGAGGUGCGUGACAAAGUGCCCCCCCUCCGCCGCCUGGACCCCGGACUCAUGCCCCUCCCUGACACAGCCUGUGGCCUGGAGUGGGCUAGCUUGGUCAACGCCGCUAAGGCCUACGAGGUGCAGAGGGCGGUGUCCCUGUUCUCCCUCAGUGAGCCGCCAGUGGGGGCCACAGACCUGCGACUGGCCCCCAGCCCGAUCCAUUUUCAUACGGCCCAGACCCCUCGCACGACCCCGACCUUCGCCAGUGACGAAAUCCCCAGUGAUCUUUCAGGCCGCCUCUACCACCUGGAGGUGAUGCUGAAGCAGCUAAACAACGAUCUAGAGAAGGAGAAGCAGGACAAGGUGGCCCUGCUGGCAGAGAUGGCCAACCUGCGGGAGAACAACCAGCGGCUUCAGGAAGAGUCACUGUCGGCCAGCGAGCAGCUCCGCAAGUUCAGCCAGAUGCUCACUGCCACCCAGGGAGACAGGAAGUGACAUCGGCACUGAGGCAGGCCAGCUUCCACCGGCCCUUCGUGUGGCACUAGUGAGAGGUGGAAGGGAAAGGUGGAUUAGGAGGGACUGGAAAAAGCAGGGAAGAGAGGAAAACUGGCAUAAAGGAAUAGAGCUCUUCCUAGGCUUGAAUCUUUGAAGAAAAAUGGCAACAGUGCAGUGAAUAAAGCUGUUUGAAUGGGGGAACUGUAUAGAUUGUGGUAUGAUGAAUGAGACCCGAUUGGUCACACUGUCAGGUCACAUGUUGCCCCGAUCAUGUCUCAUUAAGGUACUGCUAUGCUACCCCACCCCACCCCACCUCCCCCAAAGGAAGGUUUGCUGCAAACUGGAUGGAUGCAGUUAAACAAAAGGGGUGGAACAGACCACCGGGAUAUCUGGGGAAGGAUUUAUUUUUUUGGGAGGGGGGACUGUGAAACACUACCCUGGGUCCUAUUCCCAGUUCCUCCCCAAAAGCACCUCCUUACUUGUGUGACCCGAUCGAUGUUGUAAAGAUUGGGGUUGUACAGAGCAUCUCCAGCCCUGCCUAAUUUGGACAGAGACCAUCCAGGCCCCUCGCUUCCAGGUCGAGGUCGGUGUGAGAUGGAGUGGGGGGGGGGCAUAGAUGGAGGCAGCUACCCUGUGAUAUACCUGAGUUAGCUUGGCUUUGACUGGAACAGGUACAAUAUUUAGUUAAUAUUAUUAUUGUCUGAGUCUUAACUGUAUAGAAACACAUAAUAGCUUGUAUUGUCUGAAUAUGUCCAAGAUUUUUUAUCGCGAUUGUUGUUUUUUCCACUGUUACUGUUGAUUUUUAUUAUAUAGAAGUCUUAUUUAAUCCUCUGUCAGCACUAAUCCUUGCUGUUUAUGAAAAACCGAACUGUUGGUCAUUGUCCCUAGAGGUCUAUAAGAAGUAAAAUAGCCAAAAAAAAAAACACUUGCAGGCACGUACUCAUUCAUGUCCAGGCUGGUAAAUGAGAGACUGGACUAACUAAAUAUAGCCAAGUCCCUAAGAACCAAUUUCCCAUGCUGCUUUGCAGAGCAUUUACGAAAACUCAUGGCACUGUACGAGUGGGAGCGGUACUAUAGAUUUUGCUGUGCUGUAUGGCCUUCUGUAUCAGGCAUAGGAUGUUAUACCUAAUGCAUAGAACUGUCAAAUAGCAGAUGAAUAUCCAAAGUCUAAGAUCACGCAGGAUUAGAGAACGAAAGAAUCAAAAUCCACAUCUGGUAGCAUAUGCACACUUAAAAUGAACCUCUGCCAAGUUUACUUCAUUCACACUAGAGGUCAGUCAUGUUCUUCGAUCUCCUCGUGUAAAUAUCGAUUUGAUAGCUGGGGUAGAUUAACGCGGUCCUUUGAGUGUACUGUCCUACUGCAUUACGUGGGUUGGGGGGGGGUGGGCAGUUUUAUAAAUACUGUCCUUACAAAAUUUUGGCAAUGUGAUGCAGCGUUGGAUAUGUCCUGCCAGCGUAAUGCGAUGACGACUGAGAUGGUGCGGGACACUAAAGAAAAAGCAUUGAGUAGCACAGGGUAGACGAUCCUUCUGUUAGCUGAAGAUGCAUAUUGAAAAUGUGCAAUGAUGUGUAGUCAAAUUCAUUAAUUUCGUAUAAUUUUUUCAGUACUCAUUAAGGGGCUCGAUAAAUAUCUGAAUCUUAUGCUGUAUGGUGAAUACUUAUGAUUACUUGUAUCUAUGCACAGUGGGGUUGGCCUUGGCAUCAGGUGCGAGGGUCUCUGUGUCUGCAUGGACGGACUCAGAAGGGCCCAGAUCUCGUGCACACCUGACGGCCUUGUCGCUCACACCACUCAGCAAAAACCCAACAGCCACGUGAAAUCGAACAACCAAGAUGAAUAACUCCAAGAAGAUACAGCCCGUAAACACUCAAAACUGCUGGUCACGACGGACCCAGGCUGUAAUCGCUGCUGCCACGGCAAACUGGAAUUUAAUGAGUGAAAAUGUCAUGGCAUGGUUACCGGUUUUUUGCAAUAAUUCCAGACGAUGUUGUUCACUUGUCGGACCCAUUUUGCUGUCAGUUUUGAAUUGCACUCUUCGGUGCUUGCAAAAUCGUGUUUGUGGGUGUGUGCGUGUAGACAUCCUGCGGCGACUUAAAGGUACAUUGGCAACAGGAAGUGACAUCACCUGUCGUGCCACAGUUUAUCCCAAACUGUGGUAUCGGAUUGUACAGUCUACACUGUAUUUAGCUAGAUGUGUAUUGACUCUUCUAACACUUCUUAAGAAUGGGCCUAAAAAAAAGAGAAUUAAAUACCUCCCGGCAAAUACCUGUGUACUAAGUGAACUCAAAGACACUAUAUUUCUAUGACUAGAUACGUAGUUUAUAUUCCUACAGAAAUAUAUUUUUCUGAACAAUUUGUCAGAGAAUUUGCGAUAUGAAUUGGGUGAGGGGGGCAGGGUCUGUGAUAUUUAAGCUGUUUGUCACAGAAAGGGUGGUUGAGUGCAGUCUAAGCUAAAACUGACAUUAAAAUGUUGUAAGCCCCCCCCCCCCACCAAAAAAAGAACUGUUAUUCUAACUUUGAGGCCACUUGUAAGCUUGUGCAAUACCAAGGCAGGGUUAGCAUCUCUCCUUUCCAGAUCAGGCCUGUCUCAGAACUCCUGUCGCUCAGUACUGUUCAACACGGCUGGCAAAAUUCACCCCUCUAUCCCACAAACCUGUACUCUGAACCAACUGGAGUCCUCCGUUGUUUCUCAGGAGCUCUGCAAAUACAAACCGUAUUAUUUAUUUCUAUUUAUUGUUAAUGUGUACGGGUAAACCUGCACCACAGCUGUUGCCAAUGACUGGAUAAGUGUGAGAGAUGCUACUCUGUGACAUUGAUUUUUUUUGUUUGUUUUUUUUUUGUUUUGUUUUUUUUUUGGGUACACCUGACUGAAACCACCCACUCAAAAUAUUAUCCAAAUGCACAGGCAGACAGUCGGUCUCCUAUCACUUUCCCCCCACCACAAAGCGAUAUAUUCAUGUAAUUGCUACAUCUCUAAUGACCCAUCUUCAGACGGUAUGGUUGAAGUCCUCACAUUUGUACUGUAAUUAUUGUCACAGCCACAAAGCAACUGGAAUCUUGUCACGGGUGAUAUAAGCAGGGACUCUGUUUAUGCUUAGACGUUGGAUCAAAAUGCGAAAACAGGCUGUGAUUCAUUGUUCACACCAUUAUUGUCUUAAGUUUUUUUUUUUUUUUUUUUCCUCAUGUGUUCCAAAAUUUAAUUUUUGUUUUUUUUUUCUUAAGUUGGAAAAAAGUCAAUGUUUAAAAUACUAAUUACCAUAUUUUAAUGCUUUGAUGUUACACAUGCAACAAUUAUUAAUGGAAAUUUUAAAAAUGGUCAAAUUGUAUGUAAUUUGUAUUAUGUGUAAUAUUUUGAUAAUUUAUUUUUGAAACGCAUUGGCAAUUUUGCAAAGUGAAAAAGGAAAAAAGCGAAAUUUAGAUGGUACAUUUUUUUUUCUUUUGUAAAUGGUCAGAUUUUUGUACAAAGCUGAUUUUAAUGUUUCGGGUGUUUUCAGUUCUCUUCAGUUAAAUGUUGGGUACUUUCUGCAUGAAGCAGGAUUCUAUUCUGUGGACAAAAACUUUCCGCUGAUCUCUCUCUCUCGAGUAUUCUCCGGAUGUUGUUUUAAUGCGUGUAUAUUGAAUAGUGUAAAUUAUGUUUUCAUUAUUUUAUAAGAAAAAUAUAUUAAAAAGAAAAAAUAUUU